AUGGCAUUCUAUGCUGAUAACUUCUCUGCUAACUCUGCUUUUCAAACCUCGAGCAGUCCUGCAACGCCAACCAGAGGCAUUGGCAGGUUCGGAACCCCUCGGACCGUGUUCUCGCCUGCAGCGUACUCUCCUGUGAAGGCUGCUGCUUGCACCGACAACGGUGAGACGUGCUGCAGCAGCGUGCUUCUGAAGAGCGUGAGGCCGCUGCUGGAGAAACUGGCCCAAGGCGCUGCUGACGGGCAACACAAGCCCGCCAAGGUGCACGUAGCUGACGCACCUGACGUGAAGCGGCCUGGAAUCGGCCGCUUCGGAGGCAAGCCUGCUGCUGCCGUGCUUGCACCUGUGGUCGUCGCUGCUGCUCCCGUCACACCGUCUGCUGUGGUUGCGCCUGUGGUGGUGCCUGAGGUAGCGCCUGUGGCUCCAGUGGCUUCAACCACACCACAGGUGCCUGAAGCGCGUGUGACCACAGAAACGAUAUCCGUGGAGGCGAGUGCACGUGCUGCUGAUCCGAGUGAGAAAGCGAGGUGGUCGAAGCUGCGUCAGGAGGUCAAAGCCAUGGAUAUUGCGAUGACGCGUGCUGCUUACCUGAGCGACUGGCAAGACAAAGGUGACGGAGAUGGCAAGCAGGUAGCAACUGGCAAGCAGGUAGCAACUGGCAAGCAGGUAGCAACUGGCAAGCAGGUAGCAACUGGCAAGCAGGUAGCAACUGGCAAGCAGGUAGCAACUGGCAAGCAGGUAGCAACUGGUAAGCAGGUAGCAACUGGCAAGCAGGUAGCAACUGGCAAGCAGGUAGCAACUGGCAAGCAGGUAGCAACUGGCAAGCAGGUAGCAACUGGCAAGCAGGUAGCAACUGGCAAGCAGGUAGCAACUGACAAGCAGGUAGCAACUGGCAAGCAGGUAGCAACUGGCAAGCAGGUAGCAACUGGCAAGCAGGUAGCAACUGGCAAGCAGGUAGCAACUGGCAAGCAGGUAGCAACUGGCAAGCAGGUAGCAACUGGCAAGCAGGUAGCAACUGGCAAGCAGGUAGCAACUGGCAAUCAGGUAGCAACUGGCAAGCAGGUAGCAACUGGCAAGCAGGUAGCAACUGGCAAGCAGGUAGCAACUGGCAAGCAGGUAGCAACUGGCAAGCAGGUAGCAACUGGCAAUCAGGUAGCAACUGGCAAGCAGGGAGCAACUGGCAAGCAGGUAGCAACUGGCAAGCAGGUAGCGACUGGCAAGCAGGAAGUAACGGAGAUGGCAAGUGGGACGACAAAUGAAAUGGCAGCUCAGAUGACAAGUGCUAUGUAA